AUGGUUCUGCACGCGUCGUCGCAGUUCUCCUCGUCGAGCGACUUCCCGGAGAUCUCGCCCUACAUCCCCCCAUUCUUUUGGAGACUUUGGCUCUCUGACGCCGACCCAUUCAAACACUCCCUCGACCACUACCGCGUACACAUCUACGACGUCUUCCAGAACCUCCUCUCCGAGACACGUCGCGCGCCAGAAUGCACCCGCACCGUGUUCGCCGCGUUCGACACCGGCACGCUCGACGACGGGUGCAAGGCGGCGCUCAAGACGGCGGAAGAGGCAUUCUACAGGCUCGAGAACGCCGCCGAGCGCAUCAUCGAGGACAUCGUCGCGGGUGUGCGCUCGAGCCGCGCGCGCGCGCCGCCUGCUGCCGGCCCCCCGCCCGUCCCCUGCGGAGCCAGCGCACUACAUUCAAACGGGACAGGCGCAAACGGGACAGGCGCGAACGCGACCGUGGGCCCGUCGGGCGUCGUCGGCGAGCCCCCGGUGAUGGUCAACUGGCGCACGGAGCUGCCGCUGCACCGGCGCGAACGCGACGUGCUCGUGCGCUACCUCGUCUUUCUGCGCUACCGCAACGGCGAGCAGUUCGCGGACACGAUUAGGGGGCUCUCGAUCAAGGUCCUCACGGACACGGGGACGGUCGUGAGCGCCAAGGUCGUGUGGCACCGCGUGCGGAGGCGCGCGCUGUUGUCGAUGUAUCAUGCGUUUUUGUGCGUCGAGUAUAUCUCGGGCCCUGGGCCGACGGCGGGCGGGGAUGGUGUGGGGCAGCAUAAGCACAAUCGGGUGUUGGAGCACUCGGAUCGGUUCGAUUGUUGGCGGUUUACGAGGGCGGAGGUGUGUGUGGGUGUUGCGGGGCAAGAGCAGCAGUAUUUGCUGCCUGAUACGUGUUUUGGGAUUCUUUCGGAGGACUUUUCUACAGACCCUGACAACGGCGACUUCUUCUUCCCCAUCACCCCCACGAUCUGCGUAUACCUCAUCGCAAGCAGCGACGACGAACCCAUGCUCUCAUACACCGCCACAUUAUCACCCUCAAAUCCAAUGGCCAUGGACAUCGACGAGCCCUUCUCCUUCCCCUCCACAACAAACCCGCACGCCAACGCCACCCCCGGCCCGGGCCUUAACACGCUCUGGAUCGAAUGCGGCACCGACUCCGCCUCAGACGUACACCUGCGCAACGCCGCGACCCUCCAAUCCCACCCACACCACCUCUACUUCUCCUCGCUCGCAUCCAUCGUGCGCGCCAUCAGCGCCUACGACGAGGUGCGCGCCGCGCGCUCCGCCGCGCACGUCGACUACUCGCGGCUAAGGCAGCGCUGCCGGCAGAAGGCGACGGUCGAGGGCGUGACGAAGACGCUCGUCGUCAAGGGGAGCGUGCUGCUCGUGGAUCUGACGGAGGAGGUGGUGAGGGUGGGCAACAUGCCGCUCGCGAGCGGCGCGUUUUCGGAUGUGUGGAAGGGCGUGUGGCGGGAUGGGAGGGAGGGGCGGGAGAGGGCGGUGGCGAUUAAGUAUUUGAGGCAGUUUAUGGUGGAUGGGGGGGUGAAGGAGAAGCUGCUCAAGAGGCUGAAGAGCGAGGUGGCGGCGUGGCACCGGCUGCAGCAUCCGAAUAUCGCGCAGCUGUUCGGCGUUAUCCAGUCGAUGUCGACGAUCGCGAUGGUCUCGCCGUGGUGCAACAACGGCACGAUCAUGCACUACCUCGAGAAGGUCGACCCUUCCGCUGAUCGGGUGGAUCUGCUGGUCCAGAUAGCGUCGGGCAUCAGCUACCUCCACAACUACAAGCCCGUCGUCAUCCACGGGGACCUGAAAGGGAACAACGUGCUGAUCGACGACCACGGCCGUCCGCUCGUGACGGACUUUGGCCUCUCGAGCGUGCUCGAGGACUUCAACGAGACGCUCCCAGCCCGCGUCGGCACAUCGUGCUUCGCAGGCUCCACGCGCUGGAUGUACGUCCCUCCACCUCACAUCAUGGCCCCAGAGCUCUUACAAGCCCUCGUCGAGGAAGACUGGCACACCCCGCCGCGCAUCACACCCUCCUCAGACGUGUACGCGUACGCGUCGCUCGCGCUCGAGGUCGCCACGGGCCAGGUGCCGUACCCGCACCGCCGCACGGACCACGCGAUCAUCGUCGACGUCGUCAUGCGCGGCGUGCGCCCCGCCCGCCCGGCGCCCGGUGCCGCCGCCGAGUGUUUUCUGCGUCUGCCUGGGGACGGGGCUGCUUUUUGGGAUGUGGUGGAGAGGUGCUGGGGCGAUGCGGAGGUGAGGCCCGGGAUGGGGGAGGUGUGUGAGACGUUGAGAAGGAUUGCGGGGGCGUGA